AGCAAGUGUGACAAAUAUUUUGGUACGGAGGGAGUAAUAUUUAAGAUAAAAUAGUAGAGAAUUUUUUUUCUCUAAGUCACUACAAGCUAGUCCGGUAAAAAUUGUGUUUUGCAACUGGUAGUCAUUUUGGAGAAUCGAACAUCGACAAUGGAGGAGCUUAGAAUCGGGAGGAGAUACCGUUCCGUAAGGCGUCUUCCUCUCUACUUCUGAAAUUCUGCUGCUAUAAAGUGCUGCGUUUGGGUGAUCUCCAUGAAUGGCUCCCGAAUUAUUAAGGAAAGCUCUAUCGCACCGCGUUCUGGCAAGGUAUUAUUACUACUACUCUUCUCCACUCAUCCCUGCCCAGAAACUGAGUUCAGGCAGAAAUUACGCAGUUAAAUUAGGUUCCUUUUAUGAAUGUGAUAAGCUCAGUGAAACCCUGUGUUCUGGGGGGUAUUUGGGUAGUGAUAUGAAGCUGGAGAAGUUGAGUUGGGGAGGAUCGUCCCGCGAUGUUUUGCUGAGGAAUCUCGAAACCUCUCUGGUGCAUCACAAGCUGGAUGAAGCUUGGGACGCUUACAGCGAUUUCAAGCGCCUAUACGGUUUCCCUGACCGCUCUCUUGUGGCCAGAUUGGUGACGGGAUUGUCGUAUUCGUCCGAACGCAGUUGGCUUAGAAGGGCGUGCGAUUUGGCCAUUUCGAUUCAGGAAGAGAAAUCGGGGUUACUUCACCUGGACUCGAUGGCUAAGCUGACCCUGUCCUUAGCUAGAGCUCAAAUGCCUAUACGGGCAUCUAAGGUUCUUAGACUGCUUCUUCUGAAGAGGAGGAGGUCACUGCCAUGUAAUGUGUUACAGAUGAUAUUUCUUCAUUUAGUGAAAACAAAGACCGGAGCGCUUCUAGCUUCGAACAUUUUGGUUGAGAUUUGUGACGCGAUUCAGCAGUCCGAUGCAAGCAAGCCUUCUGCUGCUGUGAGGUUCUGCAGAAAGCCUGAUACCGUGAUUUUCAACCUCGUUCUUGAUGCUUGUGCGAGGUUUGGGUCAUCUAUCAAAGGCCAGACUGUUAUUGAGCUGAUGGCGCGAGUUGGAGUCGCAGCUGAUGCUCAGACCAUUGCAUCCAUUUCUUCUAUUUACGAGACGAAUGGGAUGCGAGAUGAAAUGAUGGAACUGAAAAAACAUAUAGAUCGGGUCCCCUCUUGUACUCCUCGGUGUCACUAUAGACAGUUCUACGAGAGCCUAUUGAGCUUGCAUUUCAAAUUUGAUGACAUUGAUUCUGCUUCUGAACUCAUAUCGGAUAUGUAUUUGCCUCUCCAGAACCCAGAUGAGAGGAUGGAAUCGGAGAAACCCUGCCAGGUCCCACUAGGAGGAUCUCAUCACAUUAAGAACGGGUUGACGCUACGUGUUUCCCCUCACUUACUAGAGAAGGACACCGUCCUUCACUUGGGUACCUAUCACAGGUUCGUCACGUGCGACAAAGAGGGGAGACUCAUUCUCACCAACAAAGCACUCGCCAAGCUGAUGCUGCAGUACAAGAGGUGUGAGAGAAUUGCUGACAUGUCAAAGCUUCUAUGUAGGAUCCAGUCGACACUAGAUUCUUCUAGAAACAUGGUUGACGAUGUGGUUGACGUGUGUGUUUAUCUCGGAUGGCUUGAAACCGCACAUGACAUUCUAGAUGACGUGGAUUUGGAAGGGAAUCGACUGGCCACUAGUUCAUAUAUGUCACUGUAUGAUGCCUAUAACAACCUCAAGAUGUUCAAGGAAGCGGCUCUGGUACAAAAACUAAUGAGGAAAGCGAAUGGAGAUAUGAAGAAACUAACUUCUAGUGGGAACUCGGAUCUGAAGGACCACAUUGCUCGCGAAAUGAGAGAAGAAGAGGAAAAAGAGGCAACUUCUUCUGCGGCCUAUAAGUUAAACUCUUCUAUAUACUUCUUCAUGAAGGCGCACAUGAUAGAAGAUGCCAAAAGGGCGUACAAGAAGAUGCAAAAGACAAAGAUCCAACCAACGGUCACAACAUAUGCGAACCUAAUCCGGGGCUAUUUUUCCAUCGGAAUGGACCGCGAAAUCACGUUCUUGUGGGGGGAUAUUCGGAGGAACACGGAGAAGGGUUUGGAGUUGAGGGACAAUGGUUUGUAUGAGAUGUUAUUGUUGAGUUUCCUUAGAGGUGGCUAUUUUGAGAGGGUGAUGGAAGUCAUUGGCCUUAUGAUGGAGGAAAGGGGUGUGUACUUGGACAAGUGGAUGUAUAAAUAUGAAUUCCUCAAGUUUCACAAGGAUCUUUAUAGGCAUAUGGGUGCACUUGAUGCAAGAAAUGAGGUGCAGAAAAAGAGGAUUGCACAUGUGAAUGAAUUUAAGAAGUGGGCUGGCAUUGAUUGAGCAAUCUAUGAACCAUUAACAAUGUAUAUUAUUAUUUUUUGGAAAAAUCUUGUAUUUAAACUAAGUAAUUGGCAUU